AUGCAUGUGCUCAAGUUGUCUAAGAAACUACCUAAAACAUACCAUCCAGCAUUCUUUUUGGCAGAUGCUGAACCUGUCUAUGCAAACUCUCAAAGUACAGUCUCAGACACUGCAAACACAAUCCAACGCCAAAAAGCACCCAAAUUAUUAAAGGUGACUAUCGAAGUUGAGUGA